AUGGCCAGCACCGAGAGCAUUUCCCUCGUGGACAACACCGUCCCGCAACAAUCAUCCGGCCAGGACUCCCCUCGACGAACUUCCACGGUCGGUCGCCAAGGAACACUGACGAAGCAUCUGAGUCGAGCAUCUGUACAGAGCCAACUGGCGAAAAGGAAAUACGCAAAAUGGCAACCCGACAAACUCGGGGUCUCGUCAACAGAGACAGAAACCUCCCCGAGUAGGGAGUCGUCCCGAGUGCGAGGAUCGAUAUCGGGAGCAAGUUCAGGCGCGGGACCAAGUGCCCUCUUCGCCUUGGAUGAGAAUGGAAUAGGAUCCAGAGAGGCCCCAGAAGACGCAGAAACAGUCGACUUUGCUCCAUCGCAAGUCUUGAGCCACACAGAUACUUCCCAGUCAGGUGCACUGAACCAGCAAACCACCAACACCAAAGGCUCGAGGACGCGCUCGGAACUGGAUGUUCUUUAUGAAAACCAGCGCGGUUCUUUCUUCUUCGGUAUCCCCCUUUACUCGCAUAGUUCGCUCCUGAACUUCGACCCCGGCGCCUGGAUGACGCAGGAUAAGCGCGACAGCGCGGUCAAUAUCACCAAUGCCCAAUUACCAGAUCCGAGCUGGGAAUGGGCCUGGAAGGCAUGCUCGUCGCAGUGGCACGGCACGCAUCCGUGGUUACACUCUUUCGUCCGGCGGAGACGCUGGGUUCGAUUGAGGAACAAGGUUGUUGAGAAACAUCGGGGUCGAUCGGGUUAUGAGCGGUCUCACAUGCUUAAUGAGGACUAUUUCACUAUUCAUUCUUCGAAGGUGACGAGUCGGGCGCAGAGUGUGGCUGGACUGAGUCGUGUUGAGUCUGGAUUUUUGAGUCGUGUUAGCACCAAGACGGAUGAGCAGGUGCCAUCGGAGGAGGUUGUUGAUAUUCCGUCUUUAAUGCAUGAGUUGAAGCUUGCUUCGAUUGAUCGAGAGAGGAUCGAGGCGUUGAAAAAGUUUGUGCAGAAUGGGGGCGAGGAGUUGUAUUAUUUGAACGACAGGAUCCCCGAAAUCAUGUCAAUGUUCUUAUUCCAGACAUCACGCUGGCAAUUCGUGACCUAUCUUGUCGGCAUCAUUCAACAACUAUCCAAGGGAAUCACCGAGUGCGACGAUAAUGCCGACCAAGCUCAACGCAAGAAAGAUAACCUCGUUCGAGCAGCAGAAAGCGCCCGGAGCCAUAUUAUCGGCCCAGAAGUAUUUACUGAUAAUCAAGGCGAGUCUGCUAUAGACCUGCUUGACCUUACACCUGUAUCCAGACAUGACUCUCUGCUUGCUAAGCGAGCGGAGACUACUGACGAGCCAUUGCAUGUUCUCAAGGGCAAGGGAAUCAAGGGAAUUCCUAAGGCAGCUCAGGUUGGGCGUGAAUGGCACAUCUACUGA